UUUUCCCUUUUGUGCCCACCAACCCCUUCAACCCACCAACCAUGUCCCACCGCAAGUUCCGCGCGCCCCGCCACGGUUCUCUCGGCUUCCUGCCGAAGAAGCGCACGAAGCAUCAUCGCGGCCGCGUCCGCUCCUUCCCGCGCGACAACAAGGAGGACAAGCCCCACCUGACGGCCUUCAUCGGCUACAAGGCCGGCAUGACCCACAUUGUGCGUGAGAUGGACCGCACAGGCUCCAAGGCGCACAAGAAGGAGGUCGUCGAGGCCGUGACCGUUGUCGAGACCCCGCCCAUGGUCGGCGUCGGCAUCGUCGGCUACGUCGAGACCCCGCGCGGCCUGCGCCAGCUCACCACCGUCUUCGCCGGCAACAUGUCCGAGACGUGCAUGCGCCGCUUCUACAAGAACUACGUCAAGAGCAAGAAGAAGCAGUUCUCCAAGUACUUUGCGCGCCUCAAGACCGAGGAGGGCAAGAAGAACUUUGAGGACCAGCUGCGCCGCCUGGCCAAGUACUGCACCGUCAUCCGCGUCAUUGCCCACACCAAGAUUGACGUGCUCAACCUGCGCCAGAAGAAGGCCCACAUCAUGGAGAUCCAGGUCAACGGCGGCACCCCCGCGGAGAAGGUCGCCUUUGCCAAGGGCCUCCUCGAGCAGGACAUCCCCGUCGGCACCGUGUUUGUCCAGGACGAGAACAUCGACGUCCUCGGCGCCAGCAAGGGUCGCGGCUUUGAGGGUGUGACCCACCGUUGGGGCACCAAGCGCCUUCCCCGCAAGACCCACAAGGGUCUGCGCAAGGUUGCCUGCAUUGGCGCCUGGCACCCUGCCAACGUGCAGUACUCCGUUGCUCGCGCCGGUCAGAACGGCUACCACCACCGCACGGAGAUGAACAAGAAGAUCUACAUGGUCGGCAAGGGCUACCACAAGGACGACAAGGGCCGCUACGUCACGGACAACGCCACCGUCGCCGCUGACCCCACCAAGAAGUGCAUCACCCCGAUGGGUGGCUUCCCCCGCUACGGUAUCGUCAAGCAGGACUUCCUCAUCGUCAAGGGCUCCACCGUCGGUGUGAAGAAGCGCGCCCUCACCCUGCGCAAGGCCGUCAUCCCGGACACGAGCCGCCGCGGUCAGGAGAAGAUCACGCUCAAGUUCAUCGACACCUCCUCCAAGUUUGGCCACGGUCGCUUCCAGACCAAGGCCGAGAAGCGCGCCUUCAUGGGCAAGCUCAAGCGCCACGUCAAGUAAAGCCGCUGAGCCCGCUUCUCCCGCUUUGGUGGGGCGUGCACCACUCUUCUUCAACUCGCUUCUUGCGGUUGGGCCACACAUACACCACCACACUCGCAGUCAUGUGCUUCUUUUGCUUGUUCGGCUCGUGAGUGGACUGCUCUUUCUUGUUGUUGUCGCUGUUGUUCGUGCCGGCAGCAACAGCUGCAGGAGCAGCAGUCCCAUCCACCCAUCAUCCCCCGUCCGUGCGACUUGCAUGAGGUCCAAUGCAUGUGUGUGUGUGCGUGUGUCUGUGUGUUUCAUGGUGGUUGCACUCCAUUGAACUGACAUGAACGAAA